AUGCCCCUGGAAAAGCUAGGGAUGAGCACCUCCCUGAGCUACAAGUCCUUCUCCAAAGAGCAGCAAACCAUGGAUAACCUGGAGAAACAGCUAAUUUGCCCCAUCUGCUUGGAGAUGUUCACCAAGCCUGUGGUCAUCCUGCCCUGCCAGCACAACCUCUGCCGGAAAUGUGCCAGCGACAUUUUCCAGGCCUCCAAUCCCUACCUGCCGACCAGGGGAGGCACAACCGUGGCUUCGGGAGGCCGCUUUCGCUGUCCCUCCUGCAGGCAUGAAGUGGUGCUAGACCGGCACGGUGUCUACGGGCUACAGAGGAACCUGUUGGUGGAGAACAUCAUCGACAUCUACAAGCAGGAGUCCACAAGACCUGAAAGGAAAUGUGACCAGCCAAUGUGUGAAGAGCAUGAAGAUGAGAGAAUUAAUAUCUAUUGUUUGAACUGUGAAAUGCCCACCUGCUCCUUGUGCAAAGUCUUUGGUGCCCACAAAGACUGUCAAGUUGCUCCUCUCACAAAUGUUUACCAGCAACAGAAGUCUGAGCUGAGUGAUGGCAUUGCAGUCCUGGUGGGGACCAACGACAGAGUGCAAGGGAUAGUCACGCAGCUGGAGGAAACCUGUAAGACUGUUGAGGAAUGCUGCAGACGACAGAAAGAGCAACUGUGUGAAAAAUUUGAUUAUCUCUAUUCUGUACUGGAAGAAAGAAAAAAUGAGAUGACACAAAUAAUCACUAGAACCCAAGAGGAGAAACUGGAACACGUCCGCUCUCUGAUGAAGAAGUAUGCGGAUCAUUUGGAAGCUGUGUCAAAGCUGGUUGAAUCAGGAAUUCAGUUCAUGGAAGAACCAGAAAUGGCUGUGUUUUUGCAGAAUGCCAAAACAUUGCUACAAAAAAUUACUGAAGCAUCUAAAGGAUUUCAAAUGGAAAAAUUAGAGGAUGGUUAUGAAAAUAUGAACCAAUUCACAGUGAACCUCAGUAGAGAAGAAAAGAUAAUACGAGAAAUUGAUUUUGACAGAGAGGAGGAAGGAGAAGAAGAAGAGGAGGAGACAGUGGACGGUGAAGGUUUGGAUGAAGUCCGCACAGAGUCAUCAGAAGAGGAGGAACAGGAAGAGGUGGAGGAGGAAAGAGCAGAGAGAGUAUCACAGCCACCUCAGCAAGACCUGGAACCACAGAGUGCAGCGGGAGGGCCCUCAGCUGAGCCCACUCCAGCGCCCGUGCCAGUGGCAGUGUCCGUGCCAGUGGCAGUGCCCACCAGCCCAGAACCUCAGGAUGAGGCUGUGACACCGGGUGGUUCUCAACAGACUGCAGAGUCUGAUCCUCAAGUGCCGGCCACAGCAGAAACCAUCGAUCCUUUGUUUUACCCUAGCUGGUAUAAGACUCAGUCACGGCAAUCAAGCAGUCCAACCCCUGUGAGUGGGUUGGAGAAAGUAGGGCCUCCUGUUUCUCUGGAAACAAGUGCAAAGAAGGCAGAAACCCCAGCAGAGGCAGCAAUCGAGGAGACUGCACCAGAGAGUGGUAAGGAAAGCAAUACCACUGCAGCGACGUCCAAGACUUCUUCUGAACCAUCCCCUCAAGGACAAGUGGAGGAAACUCCGGUGAGCAAUGAGAGGGGUAACGAGCCGGCUCGUCAUAUCUUCUCCUUCUCCUGGCUGAACUCGCUGAAUGAAUGA